ACGCGCGAAGCAGCAGGUGGCGACACCUUUGAGCCGCAAUACAGCUAUAUAAGGGUGAACGCGUAGAAAAGGGCAAUCAUGAAUUAAAGGUUGUUCGAUGAACAGGUCGAUGCAUGUUUUGUGAUAAACAAGUAUAGAAAGUGUCGUGUUAACUAUAAUUUUCAUUAGUUUAAAUCGGCUGGUAGUGAGAAAAGUGAAUAUUCGUGACGAAGUGUUUCGCUUGUUGCACAGUUGCCAAGGCGACUACAGUACGUGCGUGUGCGUGUCAAAAAGUGUGCUAUGAAAAGAGAAUGAUCAUUGGGGCAACGAUUCUACGGCUAUCUUCGUACUGACGGCAAUUCCAUGUUUCAAAAUCGAACGGCCUGAAGACGGGAAUAUUAUGGAAUACUCGGUUUUAGGCCACUACAACCCGUCCAUACAACCCACGACCGAUAACGGUGUUAACGAACAACUCCUUUGGGAAGAACCAAAUUAUGUUUUAACUGGUGAAGAAUAUGUACCUGCAACAGAGCAAUUUGGAGAAGAAUUUGCCGGGGCUGAAUUUCAUCAGACUCGUACUGUACUUGCUGAUGGGGGGGAUAGAUUUGGAGUUUCCACUGUCAUCUUUGACAAUGUCGAAGAACUCAUGUGGAUGGGAAAUCAAGGGGGUCAUGUGACAUCUUAUUAUGGGCCUGGUUUACAAAAGUACACCUCGUUUCAAGUUCAUGCCUCUCAAGAAAUUCGGCAUAUUCAUCCAAUAGAUGAAGGAAUUUUAAUUUUAACACAGAGUUUAUUGCGAUGUCAGUUGAGACGUGGUAUACCAAUAUUUUCGCACAUGUCACAAAAUAUGAUAGACAUGCAAUGUAUGCUUCACAUUUCACCAACAAGGUUACUUAUGGGCGGUCAUCAGGAAAAAAUAAUCGAUUUUGAUCUAACAAGAGGAAAAGAGAUUGGAUUAGUACACGUAGGGGAAAAUGGUUGUGCAAUUUUAAGACAGCAUAGCAGACUUAUAUGCUGUGGUAAUCCUGCUGGAAGAAUCAAUUUCAGGGAUCCAAAUACAUUAUCGAUAGAACAUACUUUUGAUACUCACAGUGGUUCUCUCAGUGACUUUGAUGUUCAAGGAAAUUACCUUGUUACUUGUGGUUUCAGUAACUGUCGUCAGGGUUUGACAGUAGAUCGAUUCUUAAUGGCAUAUGACUUGAGACAAAUGAGAGCAUUAAGCCCAGUCGCAACUUUGGUGUGCCCUCUUUUAUUGAAGUUCCUACCCAGCUAUUCCAGUCGUUUAGCUGUUGUAGCACCAUCGGGACAAAUGCAACUUCUUGAUACUAUCUAUGCUAAUGCACAGCCACCUGUGACAUGCUUGUAUCAGGUUGCAAAUAGUGGAGCAAUAUUAUCGUUUGAUGUAUCUUCUACAUCUCAGUGUCUGUGCUUUGGAGAUUCGGCAGGUUCUAUACAUCUUAUGUCUACAAAUACACCUGAGCCCCAGUUUAAUACAUUUUCUCGACCAACUGAAUUUGCUGAUCCAGUUGAGCCACUUCCACAUAUAUCAUUCAAUGAUGAUGUUACACCACUAAGUACAAUACCAAUGUAUUAUACUGGACAGCCAUUGUUAAGCGAUUGGCCAGAGGAAUAUUUGAGAUAUGCUUAUAGAAGAACACCACCGAUUGAUCCUGAAAUAUUGCGUACAAUGAAGAUGCAAGGAACUAUAGGUUAUGCCCCGAACCCUCAGACAUACCGCAGAAAUCAAAUACCUUACAAUUUGGAAAAACGUCGGGGAGUAGUCACAAAACUUUUCGCUGGCGAUUCACGAUCAAAAACAGAUGACGGCACCUUUGUGGCCAUACCUAAACGUUAUCGCAAAAUCGAGUUGAAAUAUUCACGUCUCGGUUACGAUGAAUUCGAUUUUGAUCAGUAUAAUCACACCAACUUCUGCGGUCUCGAAGCAACUCUUCCUAACAGCUAUUGUAAUGCUAUGUUGCAGUUGCUUUAUUAUUGCGAACCUGUAAGAAUAGCGUUGCUCUCUCACUCGUGCCAAAGAGAAUUUUGCCUGUCCUGCGAACUAGGAUUUUUGUUUCACAUGUUAGACACGUCCAGAGGACUGCCUUGUCAGGCAGCCAAUUUCCUACGAGCUUUCAGAACGGUUCCCGAAGCAGCAGCUUUGGGACUUAUACUCAGUGAUCUCCAUCCGGAAGCCAAAAGGAAAACCAAUUUGAUGCGAUUGAUACAGAGUUGGAACAGGUUUAUAUUACAUCAGAUCCAUUACGAAGUUCUGGAAACAAAGAAACGGCAACUGGAGGAAGAGGAAGCUGCUCGACUUAAAUCAGGACCAAAAUGUCCUCCGUUCGUUUAUAACGAACAGGAUUUUCCUAGCAUUUUGCAGGACAUUGGCUCCCGAUAUAGAAGCCACGCAGAAGAAAGGAAGAAAAGGAAAAAACAGGAGGAGGAUGGUAAAUAUAUGUGGAUCACAUCGAAAGACAAAAACAGCAAAAAAUCUAUCGAGGAGAACGAAGUACGAGAUGAAGAGACAGAGAUCAGUCGUCUGUUUGGAUCUGAACAAAUGCAUAUACACCGCUGUCUCAAAUGUGGGCAAGAAGCUACAAAACAUUCCAUCAUGUUGCUAUGCAACUUAGUUUAUCCGGAAUUAACGCAUCCCUCCGAAGAAGUUCCAUUUACGAGUGUUCUUACUCGUAGUUUAAGACCCGAGAAAAUUACACCUGCAUGGUGUGACAAUUGUCAGAAAUUUACACCCACGCUCCAGUCUCGACAACUGACUAAACUACCUCAAAUAUUGGCUCUGAAUUGUGGUUUAGAUACACAACAGGAUAAAGCAUUUUGGCAAGCGCAAAUGGAUAUAGUCGUUCAAAAAGUAUUAAGUGGCAAAGAAAGUAGUCCAUCUUCGAGUCCUGUCCCCAUUACUGCGAAACCAUGUCGAUAUGGCAACAAUUGUACUCGAAUUGGUUGUAGGUUCAGACACAUUGGUAGAGAUUCAGAAAAUGUACAAACGCCACCGGUUACUCCACCCAUAACAACUUCGACACCGCAAUCGGUCACAACACCGCCUAGUCACUUAUACUAUUCUCAUUCGUGGAUUCCACACGAUAUAGAGAUUUCCUUGGAUAGCAAUUGUGAAUUAUUCGUAGAAAAGAUCAGCACUCCAAAGAGCGACUCCAACGAAAGUAGUAAAACGGUCAAUGAGGUUAUAGUAGAAAAUGGUCAAGGCGAUAAUAAGAUACAAGAAUCUGAGAUCUCCGGAGAAGAGAAAGUGGUUAAAAAUCAUGUUGACACAGUACGAAAUGACGAUGCGGAGAAAGGAAACAAAACUGAUGAAAAUUUGGAUAAGAUAAGCAAAGUUCGGUAUAGUCUUAGUGCUGUUGUUUGCUACAUCGAUGAUAAGAGUAACGAAGAUAAGAGGAAUAUCGUUGCGCUAUUGCGAGUCGGACCAAAUUAUCAUGAACGAUCGGCUGGCAGUGCGGUGUCGCAGUGGUACAUUUUUAACGAUUUUUGUAUAUCCGCAGUGACACCGCAAGAAGCGGUAUGGUUCAAUCUUGAUUGGAAGGUUCCAUGUGUCCUUCAUUAUACUGCUGUACCUGCACCUGAACCAGCACCAUUUGUCAGUCCGCUUACCUAUGAUGUAUUUGGUGAAGAUAAAUGCAUCGCUCGCAGUGGAGGGACAAGGGGUAUCACGUUUACCCCAUUGACGUCCGACGAAAUGCCUAAAACAGGCGAACUAGUUGGAAUUGACGCUGAAUUUGUAACGUUGAAUCAGGAAGAAUCUGAACUUCGUAGCGAUGGAAAAAUGUCCACUAUAAAACCAAGUCACAUGUCUGUUGCACGUAUAACUUGUAUACGUGGCCAAGGUCCUCUGGAAGGAACUCCCUUUAUAGACGAUUACAUAAGCACUCAAGAACAGGUAGUAGAUUACCUGACAAAAUUCAGUGGGAUUCAACCAGGUGAUUUAGACGCAAACUUUAGUAGCAAGCACUUAACAACUCUAAAAUCAACGUACCAAAAACUACGAUUUCUCGUUGAUAAUGGGAUCAUGUUCGUUGGUCAUGGCCUGAAGAAUGAUUUUAGAGUGAUAAAUUUAGUCGUUCCACCGGAGCAGGUCGUAGACACAGUAUUGCUAUUUCAUUUACCUCGUCAUCGUAUGGUAUCGUUGCGUUUUCUUACGUGGCACUUUUUGGGUAAGAAGAUUCAGUCGGAAACACACGAUUCUACCGAAGAUGCCAGAGCUGCUCUCGAAUUGUAUCGUAAAUACAAGGAGUUAGAGAAUUCUGGAAAGCUGGCGGAAUCGUUAAAGGAGCUUUACAACGUUGGCAACCAACUACAGUGGAAAGUUCCAGAUAGCUGAUACGAGGAUGACCCUCACGAAGAAGUGUAUGAUUUAGUUACAUGUAAAGACAAUGAAGUUUAGACGACAAUUUUGAAGAUAGUCAUAAACAAAUCGGCGAUUGAAUUUUAAAGUACAGUCAUAAACAAAUCGACGAUCGGAUUUUGAAGUACAGUCAUAAACAAAUCAACGAUUGAAUUUUGAAGCAUAGUCAUAAAAAAAUUGAUGAUUGAAUUUUGAGAAAACAUUGUUUAUUAUUUCGGUCCAUGCGUUUAUUCUAUUCGAAAACAAAUCCAAUCAUUCGUACAUAGAAACUAGGGAAAUUCCAAGAUUAUAUGUCUUGAUGAUGUCGCGGGUGUUAAUGAUUACGGGUACAACUACAUUGUUAAUCGUAUUUAGUAUUUUCUUAUCUCACGACAUCGGUUCGUAUAAACAUAACUCGACCGUGAAUUGUAAAUCUUUUAGUUAGCCUCCGCCUGAUCCAGAUUAUUGUAAAUUACCAAGCAAGACGUUAGAGAAAACAAAAUUUCGCGUUGAUUGUAUUUUUUCGACAAGGAUCGAAACGAUACAUCCGGUACGCAUUCGAUGGCAGUCGUAUAUACAUAAUGUUGUACAUACAUAUUGCUCGAUAGCACGUUAGUUUUUGAAGAGGAGUAUCGACCUUACACUGCCGAACAUGGUGAAUAUAUUUAUUUUGUUUUCUCGAUGUAUCUUAAAUGGAAGAUAACGCAUAACGUAAAUCGUUCUGUUUGGUAAAUUGUUUUUUCUUCAACGACACGCUACUUUGAUCGCCGAAUUUGAGAAAUUUAAAAAAUGUAUCAAAGUUGAAAAAUUAUUUCGAUCUUGCGAUAUUGAAAUUUCAAAGACUGAACGUUUAAACGAGAUAAGUUAAAUUGGUAUAGAAAUAUUUUAAGAUUAUCAAUAAAUUUUGAUAAAAAUAACGAAGAAAUAGAAUGUAUGCAUACGUCAUGCGUCGUUGAAGGGCUAACAACACGUGUACAUAACGAAAGAUUAAUAUUUUUAGCAAUAAUCCUAGAGCUGGAUGAGUAUGUCUGUACGAAAUGUUUCACGAUUUCCUUUUUUUAUAUGUAUGUUUUUUAAAAUAUUGACUUUUGUACCAUUUUUCCCAACGACAACUCAUUAGAGAAGGCAGAAACCGGGGGAAAAAAAUAUGGAGACACUUUUUUACAAGAUUUACCUCGUCCCGGUGGUAGAUUUCAUUUCGACUCACGAAUAUACGCAGACCAUUUUCGCUCGAUCGAAAAAACAAA